AUGAAUCGCAACUCCCCUCGCACAAACCAUCUGCGGCCAUAUGCGCUGUCCAAGCAGUCCGGCCAUCUCCCCAUCCGCCAGAAAAACCAAAAUAUGAAUGGAGUCUCGCAAACCGAGCUUCGACCUGGGCAAGGAGUUGACAUAUGCACUGAGCUCCUCUACCAGCCGCUCACUCUGCUCGACUGCCUUCACACAUACUGCGGCGCCUGUCUCAAAGAAUGGUUCCGCUUCCAGGCUGAAAAGGUCGGCCGCGCGCCUACCCCGCCGCCGCCAGACGCAAUCAUCUUCACAUGCCCAUCAUGUCGGAGCGCCGUGCGGGACACGCGGCAUAAUGCCACCGUUGCGACCCUGCUUGACAUGUACACCGCCGCCAACCCGGCCAAGGAGCGGUCCGAGGCCGACAAGCAGGAGAUGGAGGAAAAGUACAAGCCGGGCGACCAGGUUCUGCCCAAGGUCAAGACCAGAGAACGGACGGCGGAGGAGAAGCGGGCAGAGGAAGAAGACCGGAGGCUUAUCGACGAGGUCAGGGAGAUGAGUCUACGAGAGGCUGUUGCUGCUGCCAUACCAGAGACCCCGCAAGCAAGGUCCGCUCGGAGACAUGCAGAGGGUCGGAGCAGCGAUGGGCGGGCUCGAUCAGGCUCAGAUUAUAGAUCAGAUGGCCGUUCGCAACGGGCAAGAGAUGGGAGAGGGGGGAAUGGCCAGAGCAAUACCGAGCAUCUGUCUGUGGAAGGUGACUCGCAGUCUCGAAGCAGACGAAGCGAGUCCCGGCAACGCCAAGUCGAGCACCAGUCAUCGCUGAGAUCCUUGAUCGGGUCUGAGAUGAGCGAACGGGAUAUCGAGAGAGAAAUCGAAGAGUUUGCGCGGCAAAUCCAAGAAGAGGGCCUCCUGGAUGGUCUUGACCUCGAUAAUAUCGACUUGAGCCGAGAUGACGAGCUCAGUCAGCGCAUCACCGAGGCGUAUAGAAGACGCCAAAGGGGCCGUUCCAGACAAGAAUCAGAGCGGAGAGCCGACGCACGUACAAAUAAUAACGCUACAUCUACGUCAAGGGAUUCUAGGCUCCGACCUGAUAAUGCUAGGCCCCAAAGCCGGCAUCGUGCGCACUCACGAUCGACAAGCGAGGUGGGAGACAGGAAUAGACCGCCGAUUUCAGCGUCAGCAAACCUCGGAGUACGAGAGCCGGAGCGGAGAGCAAGGAGACGGACAACUAGCGGCGGUCAUCACUCAACGCCGCCUAUCGUCUCAUCUUUAUCUGCCAUGGAUACGAGGCCCGCUGCUCACUCUCAAAAUGAUUUGGCUUUGAGGAGAGAUCCAAAUGAUUUUGAUCCUACAGCAUCAGUACCUGCUCUUAGAAUUAGCAGAAACUCUAGUUCGGUCACCAUACCUGCUGCUGCUCAAUCCUCCGACACACCAGCAAGUGGCAAUGGGAAGAUUGCAUCUUUUGCGAGCCGCGCACAGAGCUACCCAUCAGCUUCGUCAACUCCACAUUCGAUCACCCCUGAAUUGAUGGAAAUAACAGCAGCUCGGAAUUCGAAAUCGAACCGACCAACGGAAGUAGUCGUUAGCCCUCCAGAUUCUUUGGUAGCUAGCCCUGUCCAAAGUCCAACCGCGACGACGUCAAGACACCAGCACACUCGAUCCCAGCUUUUUGAAGAGCCUUCAAUCAGUUGCUCACGAUGCAGAAAGCCUGACAUCCAAUACGAUUUGCAUUAUAACUGCAAAACGUGUAAUGAUGGCCACUGGAACAUGUGUCUUGACUGCUACCGGUCAGGCAAAGGCUGUCUUUACUGGUUCGGAUUUGGUUAUGGAGCCUGGAAGAAGUGGGAAAAGCGCAAGCAAGCUGACGAAUCGAUACCCAUGCCUCACAUGUUGAACGCUGGACGCUACCUGCGACCCGCGUCAACAACCGUUAGUUCGGAUGGUAAGAAGAAAUUCACGGCUGACGAUCCAAAGUCGAGACUGGAAACUGGCACUUUUUGCUCACGAUGCUUUGCUUGGACCAAUGAUUGUUUCUGGCGCUGCGAUGCCUGCAACGAAGGCGACUGGGGAUUCUGUAACAAUUGUGUGAAUCAGGGCAAGUCGUGUAGCCAUAGGCUUCUACCAUUGGCCCACGAAGGAACAUUCAAGUCCACGUACGAGCCUCGCAGUCCCAGAUCUGGCGGUCGACCUUCCACAGCGACGGCCAUAACAGGGGCUCAGGUAUCUGGGAUCGGACCAUUCAAACCACUCACAUUCAACCCAAAGUGUAACAUUUGCAAGGAUGUCAUCCCGCCAUCUCAAACGAGAUAUCACUGUUUCAGUUGCACAAACACGGCUCUGCAAGAUGCCACUCCUGGAGACUACGAUAUCUGCACCUCUUGCUACAGCAACUUGGAAUCCAAGGGAGAUGUUAGCGAAGAAAACGGCUCGUCGGGGUGGAGGAGGUGCCCUAGUGGCCACAGAAUGGUCGUAAUUGGAUUCAUGGAAGGCAAACUUGGACAGUGGCGAUACGUGGAAAGGGAUAAAGUCGGCGGAAGGGCCCUCCGCGCAGAGCCUCUCGAGAACAUUGCGCACCCAGAUUUUCAGAAGUGGUCAUGCUUGGGCGAGAUAUCGUAUACGCGGUCUUUCCCGCCAGAUGGCGGCUCCGGCCUGGUUGCCCAUGCCAUGUGGUCAUGGUAUCCCAAAUCCGGCGCUGAGGAUGAGCUGAUGUUUCCCCGAGGGGCCGACAUACAAGAGAUACGAGAUAUCAACGGCGACUGGUUCUUUGGGACGUACAUGGGUGCCAAGGGCCUGUUCCCGGCGCCGUAUGUGAAGAUGCCGCAACAAUCAUGA